CGAGAGAUGAUUAGGUGGAAGGAGGAAGGGCGAGUGGGGAAGAUGAAGGAGGUGCUGCGGAAGGAAGUAGUGGAGCUGUCGGUUUCGCCCUACGACACCGCCUGGGUCGCCAUGGUGGGCCUGGGCCGCGACCAGCAGCCUCGUUUCCCGCAAUGCCUGAGAUGGGUGGCGGAGAACCAGCAGGCGGACGGGUCGUGGGCUUCGCAUCCCGCUGGAGCUGAUCCGCUCCUGGUGAAGGACUCUCUCUCCUCCACGCUCGCCUCCGUCCUCGCUCUUCGCAGCUGGGGCGUCGCCGACGAACUCGUCCACCGAGGGUUGGACUUCAUAAGAUGUAACGCUUGGGCAGCCACGGACAAGAAGCAGCGCACCCCGAUUGGGUACGACAUCAUAUUCCCAGGGAUGAUGGAAUCUGCCGCCGCGUUGGGCCUCAACCUCCCAUUCCACCCUUCUGCCUUCCAGGCAAUGCUUCAAAACCGAGACCUACUUCUUCAAAGCAGCGAGUGGGCGUCCGGGAAGAGAGCCGAUGUGGCAUUUGCGGCAGAGGGAUUGGCGACCACGACCAGAUUCAACGGCGGCGGCGGCCAAUGGCAGGAAGUGCUGCGGGAGCACCAAAGAAAGAACGGCUCUUUGUUUAAUUCACCUUCCGCAACAGCUGCGGCUCUUCUCCAUCUCCACGAUGAUCACAAUUCCUUGGCCUAUUUGGACUCCGUCCUCUCCGCCUACGACAACUCCCCAGCUGUGCCGGCCAUUUUCCCACUGGACCUGUUCAGUCGGCUGGACAUGGCGGAUAACCUCCUUAAACUUGGGAUACAUCAACAUUUCAUGCGAGAGAUUACGCUCAUUCUUGACCACGUAUACAAAUGUUGGAUCCAGAGGGACGAGGAAUUGUUCUCCGAUAUCGGUUGUCUGGCCAAGGGUUUCCGGCUCCUGCGUCUAAAUGGAUACCAUGUCUCCUCCGAGGUAUUCGAAGGACUUGACAGGAAAGAAGAUUACUUCAAGAGCGUUCUCACUCAGUACAAAAGCAACGACACAAUCUUGGAGCUGUACAAAGCUUCACUCACCACACUUCUCCCAAGCGAACCCAUUCUCGACGGGAUCAAGGAUUGGACGAGCUCUUACCUCCGACAAACCUCAUUAUCGCACAACGACUCUGACCAGGACCAGAGGUUGGCCCAAGAGGUGGAGUAUGCAUUGAGGUUCCCAUAUGCAAGUUUGGAACGGAUCGAAAAUAGGCUGAGCAUAGACACAGCUGACGUGGACAACCACGUCAAACUUCUCAAAACCUCGUACAGUCUCUCUAAUGCAGGCAAUAAAGAUUGGCUGGAAUUUGCAGUUGAUGACUUUAACAAGUGCCAAUCUCUGCAACGGAAGGAGCUUGAGGUUCUCGAGAGGUGGGUGAAAGAGUACAGAAUAGAAGAGCUCAAGUUUGCAAGACAGAAGGUGGCUUAUGGCUUUUUCGCGGCGGCCGCCAUUCUUUUCUCGCCGGAGCACGCCGAGGCCAGGAGUUCAUGGGCCAAGAACACCGUCCUCGUAACACUCGUUGACGAUUUGUGGCAUGGGCACGAGUCGAUAGGGUUCUGCUCCGAAAAAGUUGAGAUCAUUUUCAAGGCGGUUUACGACGCAACCAACGAGUACGUUGCCAAGGCUAGCCUAGUGCAGGGACGAUGCGUCAAACAUCACUUCAUGGACAUGUGGCUUGUUUUGCUGGACUGCAUGUGGCAAGAGUACGUUAGGGGAAGAGACAAGAUAAUUCCGACAAUGGAAGAGUACAUUGCGUCAGGAUACGUAAGCGUUGCAUUGGGACCGGUCAUCUUGGUGCCAAUGUACUUCUUGGGAUGCAACCUCUCCGAGGAAGCCAUGCGAAGCAAAGAGUACGACGACCUGUUCAUGCACGUCAGCGUAAUAGCUCGACUCCUCAACGAUCUCGCCACCAUUGGGCGAGAGAUUGCUCAAGGGAAAGAAAACAGCUUGGCGUUGGGGAUGAUGCAAGGGAGCGGGAAGGUGACGGAGGAAGAGGCAAGACGAGAGAUUCAGAGAAUGAUUGAGAAGCACAGGAAGGAGCUGCUGAGGAUGGUGGUGUUGAAGGAAGGAGAUGAAGGGAGCGUGGUGCCGAGAGCCGUGAAGGAAGUGUUUUGGCAGACGAGCAAGAUCGUGCAUAUGUUCUACAUGUCCAAAGAUGGCUUCUCUUCGCCACACGAGAUGGUGGCUGCGAUUGAUUCUGUCAUUUACAAGCCCAUAGUUCUGCCUCAUCAACAUCACCACCACCACUAUUCGACAUGAUCGUGAUCCGAUAAAUUAACCCUUACCGCUUGUAUGUAUGUAUGUGUAUUAUCUAACCAAUCCAAGAU